CCGCCGCCAUGUUCCGGAGCCUGCUGGUGGCGGCGGCGCAGCGGCCGCAGGGCCCGGCCGGUCCCCCCCGCGCCGACCCCGGGCCGGGGGCCGCGGCCGAGGCGCUGGAGGCGCAGUUCAGCUGCCCUAUCUGCCUCGAGGUUUUCCACCGCGCCGUCGGCAUCGCAGGCUGCGGGCACACGUUUUGUGGGGAAUGCCUGCAGCCCUGCCUGCAGGUGCCCUCCCCGCUGUGCCCGCUGUGCCGCAUGCCCUUCGACCCCAAAAAGGUGGAGAAGGCUUCCAGCGUGGAGAAGCAGCUCUCGUCCUACAAGGCUCCCUGCAGAGGCUGCAGCAAGAAGGUGACCCUGGCCAAAAUGCGCUCUCACGUCUCGUCCUGCGCCAAGGUGCAGGAGCAGAUGGCCAACUGCCCCAAGUUUGUUCCAGUUGUCCCCACAUCCCAGCCUAUUCCCAGCAACAUUCCCAAUCGCUCCACGUUCGUGUGUCCGUACUGCGGGGCCCGGAACCUGGACCAGCAGGAGCUGGUCAAGCACUGCAUGGAAAACCACAGGAAUGACCCCAACAAAGUGGUGUGCCCGGUGUGCUCGGCCAUGCCCUGGGGGGAUCCCAGCUACAAGAGUGCAAACUUCCUGCAGCACCUGCUCCACAGGCACAAGUUCUCCUAUGACACCUUUGUGGAUUACAACAUCGACGAGGAGGCAGCGUUGCAGGCAGCCCUGGCUCUGUCCCUUUCUGAGAACUGAGGCUGAUCCUUCUGCCUCCCCCGGCUCCUUCUGCACAUUCCGGGAGCCCUUUGGAGCUGCCUCUGUUCCUGCUCUGUUCCUCUCCAGACAAAUCCCACCUUGUUUAAAAAGGUGGAGCCUCUUCAGCUGUCACAGUGAGUGAGCAGAGACCUCUGGAGAGAGGAGCUGGCGCCGCUGGGCUGGGAUCAAUCCUUGGAUGGGCAUUUCAUAUCCGUGCUGGGAGCAUAUCCCCGUGUCCAGAUCUAUUUAUUAUUAGAUGCUUUUUGGCACACUCCUCCCUGCUCUCUGUUGCAACAGAAUAGGUGUCUGAAACUGAUAGAUUGGAUGCCAAACACCCUAAUUUGGGACUGGAGUCAGCCACAUCCUUUUAAAAAGGAGGAAGGCAGCACGGAGCAUCUUUUUUUAAACUCUCCAAGGAUUUUUCUAGAGAUGUCAGGCUGUCCUGACGCCCCUGUGCUGGAGGCUGGAGCUGCCUCCUUCACCUGAAUCCCAGGAUGAGACUGAAGAGUGGUUCAGAGGAGCCCUCGAGGAUGGCAUCCAGCAUCCAGGGAAACCCUCCCUUCCUCGUUUUGUACCGGCUCUUGGAAUACCAAAUCCUUGUGUUUUUCUACACGAAGCAGCGCGAAGCCUUUUCCACGUUUUGUAGAGCGGGGUCAGAAGCUGUUCCCCUUCACACUGCAAUAUCUGCCACCUGGGACAAUAGUAUUUUUAUGGAACAUUAUUAAGAAAGUUUAUUUUUUACACAACCCAAGCAAAUGAACAAGUGGAUUGGGAAUGGGGCAGGAGGCAGGAGCUGGAUCCCAGAGCGGCGGGUCGGACUCUGAGGUGGGGGGAAGUGCAGGGAUAUUUCUGGGCCAUUGUGGGAUAUUUCUGGGCCUUUGCUGGAUGUUUCUGGGCCUUUCCCUUCCCUCACCAGAGCUGUCUGCCUGUGAGGGAGCAGGCAGGAUCGUUGUGCCAUGCUGGCACUCGGCAGGAGCAGCUGGAUUGGAUCCAGGUGCUUGUUGCCCGUGGAAUGUCUGUCCGUGCAGGAUGCCAGCCCCGAGCUCCUUAUCCCCUCAGAAAUAAGGGAUUGUGUCUCCCUGUUGUAAUCCCUCCCUGGGAAUGGGGCAGUGUUGAUCCAAGGUGCUCCACAGCAUCCUGGUGACCCGUUCCCCCUGCCCCUUCCCCUCAGCCCUGCCUGCUGCUGGUGGAGUUGGCUCUGGAGGGCUGGGAGAGGUUGGGAGGGAGAUGAGCCUGAGGCUCCCAGUGCUGGAACUAAUUCCCGAGAGCCUUCCUGCAGGAUUUUCAGGGAACAGGGGUGGGAGAGCCCCCUCUGCGUCUCCCUGCCCGGAGAAUUCCAGAGCUUUAUCCAAAACCUGGCUCCAGCUCUGCUCUAGCAAUAUUGGCUUGGGUUUUAUUUUGAUUUUCAUAGUACUGGUUGAUUUUGGGAUCUGCAGCCCUGCGAGGAGCGUGCAGGGAACCCUCAGCUCCCCAGGCAGGGCAGGGAAAGGGCUGGAGCUGCCCUGCUCCCCUUUCUGGAGCCAGGCCAGCGAGGAGGGAUGUGAUCUUAACUGUUGGAGGAUGUUCCUGGUGGGAUGGAGAGCACUGCCAUCUUCCAGGAGGGACCCAGGAGCUGUCCUGUGCUCAGCUGGGACCCUCAGCUGCUGCUCCAUGAGAGCUCCCGGCUGCUGGGCCAGCACUGUUGACCUCGGGCUCCUUCCCUCUCUCCUCCUCCUUCUUGCCCCACAGAGACAGAGCAGGGGCAGCAAGAGCUGCUUUUGUAAAGCACUUUAAGGCCCCAGGUGUGAGGGGCCGCACCAGGCCAUGCCAGGGAUCCCUCUGUGCUGUGCCAGGGAUCUGUGUGUGUGCUGUGCCAGGGAUCUGUGUGUGCUGUGCCAGGGAUCUC